UAGACAGAGGUUUAGAUACUGUACUGUCAUUACGAUUGCCCACAGACUCAACACUAUCAUCGACUCCGACAAAGUGAUGGUGUUAGACGCGGGACAAGUGGUUGAGUACGACAUUCCCCACCAUUUGUUGGACACAAGCGAUGGUCUGUUCAGCAAAUUAGUGAAACAGNCCCAUAACAAGGUGUUAGACGCGGGACAAGUGGUUGAGUACGACAUUCCCCACCAUUUGUUGGACACAAGCGAUGGUCUGUUCAGCAAAUUAGUGAAACAGACGGGAAAUCACAUGACUAUUAGAUUGAAACAAAUGGCGAAACAAUACUAUUAUCACAAAAAUGGUAUUAAUUUUGAUGAAAAAGACAACGAAAAUGAAGAGGAAGUGGACAGCGAUUGCAAAGAAGAGUGA